UUUCUGUCGUGGAUUUUUAAGAAGUGCUUAUCUAUUUGGUCAAUAAUAUAUUUUUAAAUAAUAUUAUUAAACUAUCGUUUGUGUUAAAAGAUAUAAUGGCAGCAGCUUCUAGUCACGAAGAGAGUCUACCUGAAGGAUGGGAGGAACGAACAAGUAGAAGCACAGGAAUGACAUAUUAUUUAAAUAAGCAUACCAGACGAUCUCAGUGGGAAAAACCAGAUGCGCCAGCGGGCCUCAAUGAUGAUGACGAUGACGCUACAGAUGCUUUGCGUUGCUCACACUUGCUGGUUAAGCACGUAAAGAGUCGCCGUCCAUCUUCUUGGCGUCAAGCUACAAUUACGCGUUCAAAGCUUGAAGCUUUAUCUUUGAUAAAAGAAUACCGCCAAAGAAUUAUAAGGAAGGAGAUUUCUCUUAAAGAUUUGGCCGUAAGCUAUUCUGAUUGCUCGUCUGCUAGACGCCAUGGAGAUCUUGGACGCUUCAAGAGAGGCCGCAUGCAGAAGGCUUUCGAGGAUAUAGCCUUCACGCUGAGGAUUGGCCAAUUGAGCCAACCAGUUGAAACAAGCUCUGGAUAUCAUAUCAUACUGAGAACAGCUUAAAUUCUCAAUGUUAAAUAAACCCUUUGAGGGUUUUUACGUACCAUCUCAAAAACUCCACUCUACUCAUUAUAACAUACUAUGUGGCAAUGUUAUUUAAGCCUAAUUUUGUUUAUUACUUAUGAUAUUAUUUAAUAUAAAAAGAAAAUAUAAAACUAGACAAUUGUCGAGUGUUACGAGUAUAUUUCAAUUAAAAGUUAUAGACGGUCAUAUUCCUUAAAAAGGACGAGAUUGUAUUGACGCAAUUUAUUCAUUGAAAUUUAUUCAAAGUCGAUGUCGAUAAUAUAUGUGAUAUUGUUAUAUUGUUCAACAAAAGUUAAGAGGUAUAUUGUAAUAGGGUAUAAAAUAUGCCUUUAUUUUAUAGUUUGUUUGUUAAUUUUGUAUUUACUUUUAUUUUAUCAUUUCAUAAACCAUAAAUGAUUAUUCACUAUGUAAUACACGAUUAUCAUUGUGAGUCCUGUCCAAUAACCAGUAACUAGAGCAUUGUUCUUAGGUGUUGUCUGUCAUACAUGUCCAAUUAUAAUAAUGUUCUCUCAUGUAGCUGUUCCAAGCUAAUAUAUAGAAUAAACUUUUUGUGCAAGCUGUCAGAUAGAAAAAUAUAUAAUAACAAUUUUGUAUAUUUUUCUGUUCUAUGGCAUAUAGACGUAAUAGAUACACAUUACACAUAUAACCAUUUUAGUAAAUGUUUUCUGUCACAGGUAUUCAUUGUAUUGCUGAAUACUUUUGAAAUAAAUGUAUAACUAACUGUACUCUUUAAAAAGUAGGCACCUUUUAAUAUAGCUACCGGGGUGUACGAAAUUGUUAGGUUUCAUAGACUAAUCAUUAUAUAACUUCUUCUUAAUCUAAGAACCAAUAUUCUACGUUCUACCGUAGGAUUUUGUCCAUAUAUGUUGUUGCUCUGAACCAGCUUGG